GACGUCACAAAGGCCCUGCCAUGCCUCCCGCCCUGGCCGUGCUGCUGCUCUGCGGCCUGCUGGCCCGCGGCCGGGGCUGCCUGCAGUGCGAGCCCGCCGCGCAGGAGGCGCUGAGCCAGCUGCGCGCGGCCCUGGGCCCCGAGCGCUUCCAGCACGAGCGGCUGCACGCGCGCGCGCAGGCCCUGAUGCUGGGCAUGGAGGGGCCUUUCUUCCGGGACUACGCGCUGAACGCGUUCGUGGGGAAAGUGGGAAUAGGCGACCUAGAACUUGUGGCGUCCUUUCUCAAGAAUCAAACAAGCCACUUAAUGUCUAGUUCUCUCAAAGCUGCAGACGGGCUGGGCUUGUGGGGGGCCUCCCACCCCACCGGGAUCUCCUUCUCUCCUCCAGAUGGGCCCCUGCUGGAAGAGCUCGUGGCUCUUAGGGAGAGGGUAAUCAAGGAACUGAAGAAAGCCUUGAGGUCGUAUGAAUUAAAAGCCUGCGAUCGCAAAAUUUGCCGCUUGCAAAAGGAAGAGGUCUUAGACUGUUUACAUUGCCAGAAGAUCAGUCCCAAGUGUAUCAAAAAGAAGUACUGUUUUGUCGACGGGCAGCCCCGCAUGACCCUUCAGUACCAGAAGGCGAGCGGAUACUGGCGGAAUCAGGCCCUGUUUGGCACCAUCACGUCCGUGUGUCUGGCUGUCUUCCUCUUCGGGAUCAUCGUGGCUUCGGCGAUGACGUACAGGCAAAACCGAAAACUCCUGCUGCGCUAGGGCAGUGGUUUGGGGAUUUGUAAGGGGAAAGGGAAAGAAAUCUAAUAAAGUCUAUGACAAAUUC